AUGCUGUCCAACCCUAGCGUAGCUCGCUAUUCAUCACUUGACCAUGUUUCUCCUGAACAGUUCUUGGCCUCGUCUUCUAACUCUAUGCCCAUGAUUAACAGCCACAUGCGUCCCAUGUCGAUGCCUAUGCCUCCAAUGAGUGCACCAAGCUCUCUCCUUCCUCAGUUUCAGCAGAAUAUACCGAAUUACGGAGCUUUCGCGGUGCCCAGAUCGACGCCAUUGCCACCAACUUUUUCCCAGUUCCAGCCGGUACCCAGUCUUUCCGCUAAUAGUGGAGGAACGUACCCUGCAGCGCCACGCAGUUUUUCUUGUGUCUCUUCAGAUAGCAGUCAUAGUAAUGGGGCAAGUGGAUUAGCAUCGAGCUUGUUGAUAGGUUCUCCCAGACGUGUAGGUAAUGCUACAGGAUUUGGAACUGAUGAUGCCCCGACGGCGCCUCCAGGUGUAAGACUUAGUGGAGAGAGUGUGAAGUAUCAUUUACGUGGUGAAGCUGCCCCCCGGGGAGAGCAGAUCGCUGGAAGUUAUGCCUAUUACGCUGUACAAUUCGGAACUCAAAGUUCGGUCGAUCGAUUAUUGCUGCGGAAACACGAGCAUCACACGGUCACGGAGCUGGCCUUUUUCAGCCGCAAAUCAGAUUUGCUGUUGAGCUCUGGUACUGACCACCAUGUGGCAAUUUGGUCGAUCCUGAAUGACCCAAUGAGCCGCGAGCUGAUCAAGUUGGUCCCGACGCAGGCACGACGUGUAAAGUGGCACCCAAAGGAAUCAGACAAGAUUGCUAUUGCUAACGGAAACGUGGUGUUUGUCGCUGACUUGUCACAAGUUACUGCUAGUGGUGGUGGUGCUGAAAACCUUUACGAUAUCAGUAUUGUUUGCAGCCAGACUUCUGGUUUGAUCAACGACAUGGUUUUUUCGCCAGAUAACGGCGAGUGUAUUGUUACCGCUGGUAGUGAUGGCCUUGUACAAGUGUAUCGUGUUGAAGACCGACUACCUGGGCAGCCUGCCGAGUUUAUUCAUCGUUUCGAACCGUUUUAUGGCAAGACAGUUGAUAGUCUCCACUUUUACGGUGGCAACUUUCUGAACGAACCGGGACUUUUUAUAGGCGGCGAAUCGAACACACGUCUGUCACUGUGGAAUGCGGCGCUAACGGAAAGCAACACACCCGUGUGCUACCAGACGGUGAUGCUUUGUGACGAGACACGGGAGAACUCGUCACUUCUUCACGAAACAAUAUUUGACCAAACAACGCAGUUUUUGUUUGUGGCUGACCGCUCCAAGCCGUUGAUAUAUGCUUUCCACCUAGCCCCCAGUUCUGACGCUCGCACGCCUCGCCGAUUCGACAACGUGAUGGAAUUUGCUUUAGCUUACCCAGUGCUCAGUAUGGGUCUGCUGAAUUGUAUUGCUCAAAGCCAACCAGCACGCGAUGGCAAUGAUUUGGCCUCCGUGUUGGGUGGUCUAAACUUCUCCAUGCAGCUGUACUGUUUGCAGACACAGGCUAUUCAACGGUAUCACGUGGCCGCCAGCGAAUGCUAUGUACCUGGUGCACAUGGCUCACUUGAAAAUGAAACUGAGGCUAGCGGAAAUGCUGGCCAAUCGGUUGGUGCUGUGACAACAGAAGGGGAGAGCAUUGAGAUUUCGUAUCAGGCAGCAGCAGAAUCCCCACGUGCUGCGUCUGCAGGCAUUUCUGCUCCCGAAACUGAAAUUGCUGAAGAAGACGAGGAGGAAGGAGGCAGCAAUACUGACCAGCAUGCUCCGCUCCGAACGCCUCUUAACGGACUGCCUCCAACUCCUUCGUCGCCAGCUCAGAGCACGCGAAGCACUGGUGCUCGCUCGCUGCAUCUUACAACCGGCGACGAUACAGUAUCAGUGUCAGCGUCGUCUGUGACAGGUGACAACGGAACGCUCUCUAAUUUACGAUUUUAUAAUCGCUCUUCGCCGUCGUCUUCUGUUCGUGCAUUUCAGGAUGAAUCUUCUGCGCAAUAUGACCCGUCGAUUGAUGAAACAGCGAGCGAAAAUCAGCAACAGAUGCUUCUUGCUUUGCUACGACGGAUGGAAGCGGCGCAGCUUCAGCGCGAUGAGGAGUUCCGUAAACAGAUGCGUGGAAUUAUGGGAAAUUUGGGUAAUCAUUUGACGACGCAGGUUUCGAUUCAAGUGGAAAAGUCAAUUCAGAAGCAGCUUCAGUCCGUUCUUGUGCCCGCAAUGGGUCGUAUUGUGCUGCACACCAUGGAAAACAACUUUAUGAAACCCGUGCAGAAUGGAUUUCAGCAUGUGAUCAGUGAGAAAUUGAUCCCGCUGAUGGAACAGAAGCUGGAUAACUCACUAGCAACAUCGCUGCCGGACCAGCUGGCCAAUGGAGUCGACGAAAUGGUGCAGCGCGUAGUCGAAGAUGUGCGUCAGCCUGUCCGUGAGUCCUUCCGCGAGUGCUUCCAGGACAUUUUGAUUCCAUCUUUCCAGGCCGCCACGCAGAAAAUGUUUGAGCAGAUAAAUGACACCUUUGUGCAGGGCACGCGUAGUGCAUUCGAGAGUAGUGGGCAAAAUACCAGCAACGCGAAGGUCGCAAGUCAACUGGAGCAGCUGACGAAGGUGGUGGAAGGUUUGAGCAAGCAGGUAAAGCAAGUAAGCUUGGCUGUGGAUGCCCGGGUAUCAGUAGUCCCGGUCUCGAAGUCCCCUGAAGAGCUUCAGCUAGAGGCUCAGCAGGGUGCUGUGCUGGAUUACCUUGAACGAAAUGACUGGGAGGAGGCGUUCAAGUUUGCACUUGGCGCACAAAGUGUAGACCUUGUAGCAUUUACCUGCCAGCAGUGCGAUCCGCGGCUUGUCCUCAGUAGCCGCCCGCCCAAGCUUUCGCAAAUGUUGAUUUUAUGUCUUGUGCAACAGUUGGGGGCCGAUCUGGCGGAUGAUCUAGAGACGAAAAUAAACUGGCUGCGAGAGUCGCUCCUAGUCAUGGACGUGCGCGAUCAAAGUAUUGCUGGCUUUGUGACUAGUGUGCUGCAAGAAUUGCAGACAGGGCUGAAUAGUGUGCCAGCGCAGUCCCGAGACUCGCAACACACCCUCCUGCACCAUAUCCUCAACUCCAUGCUUAACUCUGCGUGA